CGCAAUGGACGGAGAACGUAUCACCGAAACUAACGAGGAAGGCGGGCUAGAUUAUGAACUGUGGGCCAAGGAAAAUGGGCCCAAAUAUAUGUCAGAACUAAGUUUGGAAGAGCGUCCUACCAGCGCAUACGAAGACGGCUACUACUAUUACCAAUCUCAUGAGUACAAAGAAAGAAGUAGAAAAUCAAAACGUCAGAAAACUGUGAGAUUUUCCAACAAGAUCGAAAUAGUCCGCCGUAGGGAGCCAGUGCUCAGUAUCCGCACCCAGGCGCUGCCGCCACCAAUGCCGAGCGAGUGGGACAUCAGGUAUCUGAUCAACAACCCCAAUCUCAGCGAUACUCAGAAAGAUAACUGGAGGAAGGAGCUCCUUGAUAAAUUAACUGCAGACGACAACGGUAUCUUCGCCAAUAGCAGCACAGCUACGGGCUCUGCAGGUAGAUAUAUCUUGGAAAAAAACGAUAAUGCUAGGCGUGGUGGUGAUAGGCCUAUAGACAGGGAGGAAACAGGCGAUGCUGCAGUGGAACGCGGACCAGUGGAAGAAAGUGGCAUUUUUAUAACAGAAACGCAACAGAAGGUUGUCAACUAUGAAAAAGACAGGGACAUUCCAUCAGAACGCGGACUCGUGGAUCUGUAUGAUGACAUAGACGUCAGAGAUAUGAGCGGCGUUGUCCCGGUGUUCAAGACAAGACCAGAGCUGUCAGAACGAAUGCAAAGAGAUCCUCGAGUUCAUAUUAUAGCAAAGAAUGGCGGAUCUACAGAGAGCUUCUCAAUAACCACCAGAAAUAAAGGAAAAACACAGGGGCAAAAGAGAAAGAGCACUCAACAUGCCAAGCAAGCAGCCGCGUCAUAAAUUCAACUUUGGGUCGUCUUUACUAUAGGCCUAUAGUGUUUCGAAAAUGAAUGAUACAUAUCAGAUGUUUCUUUUAAAAAUGAAUCAUUGACAAAAAUACCACCGGUUGACUUCGGUAUGCCAGCCGU